UCUGAGCAUGGAAGAAGAAACCAACACCAGCACACAAGGAUGUGUCAUGGAUUCUCCAGCUCCGACAUCGUCAUCGUCUUCGUCGCCUUCUUACCGGGGAGUUCGCAAGCGAAAAUGGGGCAAAUGGGUGUCGGAAAUUCGUGAGCCUGGCAAGAAAACUCGGAUAUGGUUAGGAAGCUACGAGACGCCGGAAAUGGCUGCGGCGGCUUUUGAUGUUGCGGCUUCACACUUCCGGGGACCGUCAGCCCGGCUUAACUUUCCGGAGUUCAGCGGGGUUUUCCCUCGGCCGGCAAGCUCCGAGGCGGAGGACGUCCGGUUCGCGGCUCAACAAGCAGCGUUGAUGAUCAGGAGACCGUCGAGAUCAACGAGGGAGGCCGAGGGCGUUGGUGCAGCUCCGGCGACGGUGGGGCUGUCGCCGAGCCAGAUUCAGGCGAUCAAUGAAUGGCCAUUGGAUUCGCCGAAGAUGUGGAUGCAAAUGGCUGAACCUCUCACGUCAGCGUUUGAUGAGUCUAUGGCAUUACAUAAUAAAGAUGAGGAUGAAUCGGAGUUUACAAGUUGGGAAGAAAUACAGGAUGAUUCUUUAUGGGACUUUUAA